UGAGAAACAAGCACUUGGCAAUGUACUGUAUUGUUAUAAAAAUUCGUAUAAAAACUAAUAACUCGAGGUCUUUUACAAUGCUCAGAUUCUUAUAAAUAUCGAAAGAAAAAUUCGUACUAGCAGUACCGAUCAAAAUGUGCGCCGUUAAAGUUUUUCUAUUUUUCUUAGCUAGUGCUUGUGUUUCUGACGCCUUGUACCUCAAUUACCCCGAAGAAGCUACAUCGUUCGUCGAAAAAGAAACGGUACCAAUUUACGAGAAAGCGGUACCACUGUACGGAAAACCAGUAGUGCCCCUGUAUGGAAAAGCAGCAUUGCCACUAUAUGAAAAACCAAUAGUACCAUUCUACGGAAAAGAAGUACCACUUUAUGAGAAACCAAUUGUACCAGUCUACGGAAAAGCAGAGGUACCAAUUUACGAAAAACCCGUAGUGCCUCUCUAUGGCAAACCAGCGGUGCCUUUAUACGGUUAUGAGGGCGAAGGCGGAUACGCAUACCCCAAGUACCAAUACAGUUACGGGGUGCAUGACCCCCACACUGGUGACCAUAAAGCCCAAGAGGAAAUCCGUGAAGGUGAUGUAGUCAAGGGUUCAUAUUCACUUGCCGAACCUGAUGGUACCAUCAGGGUGGUUAAGUACACGGCUGAUGAUCUUAAUGGGUUCAAUGCCGUCGUGAGCAAAGAAGGACAUGCAGUACAUCCGGUUCCGGUUGUGUACAAGAAGCCUCUCAUUGUUCCGGUGAAGCCCUACGUCGCCGAACCCAUUUAUGGGCAUUAUUAAGCUUUAAGUUGAAACUGUACAUUUCAAUGAGAAAUAAAGAAGUACCAAAGCGA